AUGAGUUCCCAAAGGGAAGACUCAAUUCCUCAUGAGCUGCGAACGGCCGCAGAGCCCCGGCAAAAUAGACUACAUUCAGUGCGAAUAUCGCAUAUCGAACAGGUCAACCCCUCUGUCCGGCUACUACAGUUCGCUCUGCCUCCCCAGGAGAAUAAUGAUACCGAUCAACAGCCAUUCAGCUUUCUGCCAGGUCAAUGGCUUGAUGUCCAUAUUCCCUCCAUCACUCAAGCGGGGGGCUUCACUAUCACAUCAACCCCGGCAGAUGCGCAAGUGCUGCCAUCGCCAGAAGCUUCUACAGACUCAUUAGCUGGCGAAGCGUUAGAACCCUCUUCAGAAUCUCAAGGGCGACCACCAUAUGUGGAACUAGCCGUACAAGACUCGCCAGGUAACCCAUCCGCCGCAUGGCUAUGGAGACCGAAAGAAGAGAUCCUAGGCAAGGAGUUGAACAUCCGAGUCGGUGGAAGCUUUGUCUGGCCUCCUACUGGAGUCAGUAUCAAUGAUGUUAAAAAUGUGGUCUUCGUUGCAGGCGGUGUUGGAAUCAACCCUCUGAUAUCCAUGCUCUCCCACUUAAACAACAACGAGCCGCACACCCCCAACCCAACAACCAUCCACAUCCUGUACUCUAGCCGACUACCGCCACACCAGGAAACCUCUGCAGCAGUACUAGACCAGAUACUGUUUCUCCCGCGUCUGCGCCAGAUAGUCCGAUCUCAAGAGAGUUCGCACCGACUCCGGAUCUCGCUGGACCUCUUCCUUACGGACUUGGCCUCGUCAUCUGAUCUGUUCUCAUCUGGGUCUCCUUCCGAUCUCAAGAUUCACCCAGCGAGGGUAUCGGAUCAUGACUUACGUUCUGCAGUUGUUGGUGGAGAUGGUGAAUUGGAUUCUCGGGGCACAGUAUGCUAUGUAUGUGGACCGCCUGGUAUGACUGACUCCGUUGUGGAGAAGUUGGUGAAGAUGUUAGGCGAUGGCGGGGAGCAGCGAGUUUUCUUUGAAAAAUGGUGGUAA